AUGGGUCGUUUCGAUAGUAUUUCUACUGAUCCACCAAUUGAUGUUUUUCAUUUAACCGAAUUAUUUGAGAAUGAUGGAAAUCCAUCUAAAGUUAAUUUGGGUGUGGGUGUAUUUCAAGAUGAAAAUGGUAAAACACCAACAUUACCUGUUGUUCGUUCUGUUGAACAAUCAAUGGCUCAAGAUUUAACAUUAGAUAAAAAUUAUUUAAAAUCUGUUGGACUCGAUUCAUUUUGUCAAGCAUGUUUAAAAUUAGUAUUAGGUGAACAAUCAUCAUCAAUUAUAGAAAAUCGAGCAUGUUCAAUACAAGGAUUAUCUGGUACUGGUUGUUUAACAAUUGGUCUUGAAUUUUUAUAUCGAAAUGGUUAUAAAAUUGGAUACAUAUCAUCACCCACUUGGAGCAAUCAUCUUUCCAUUAUGCAAGCAAUUGGAUUUGAUGUUAAACGAUAUCGAUAUUGGAAUAAAGAAAAAUUAAAUUUAGAUAUUGAUGGUCUACUACAAGAUUUACAAGAUGCACCUGAAAAUAGUGUUAUUCUUUUACAUGCCUGUGCUCAUAAUCCUACUGGCUGUGAUCCAACUCGUGAACAAUGGCAACAAAUAUCAGAUGUGAUUAAACAACGAAAAUUAUUUCCAUUUUUUGAUUUUGCUUAUCAAGGAUUUUCUACCGGUGAUUUAGAUCAAGAUGCAUGGCCAAUACGUUAUUUUGCUGAUCAUCAAAAACAUGAACUAUUAGUAGCACAAUCAUUUUCAAAAAAUUUUAGUUUAUACAAUGAACGUGUUGGCCAUUUAACUGGUGUUUUUUCUUCAAGAGAUAUUAUACCAAAAUUUCGUUCACAAUUAACAACAAUUAUUCGACGAAUUUAUUCAAAUCCACCUGCUCAUGGUGCACAUAUUGUAGCAACAAUUUUAUGUAAUCCAACAUUAUAUUCGGAAUGGAAAAAUAAUGUGAGAACAAUGUUCGAGAGAAUACAAUCGAUGAGACAAUUAUUUUAUACAAAACUAAAACAAUUGGGCACACCGGGUAAUUGGGAUCAUAUUAUAACGCAGCAUGGAAUGAUUGCAUUUACUGGCUUAAAUCCUCGACAAUGUCAAACACUCUUACAACAACAUCAUAUCUAUUUAAUGAGUGAUGGAAGAAUAAAUAUUUGCGCAAUUACUCAAAAAAAUAUUGAUCAAAUAUCAAAAAGUUUCUAUGAAGUUAUCACAACGGUGGCAGAUGAUCCUAAAUUAUAA